AUGAUGUUUUCUCUGCUGCUGGCUGCAGCUCUGCUGCUCGGACUUUAUGUCGUUCUCUACCUGACUGUCAUCUCACAGCCCAGAUGUAAAAGCGAGGCCAAGUUGCACGGAAAAACCGCCAUUGUCACCGGGGCGAACACCGGCAUCGGUAAAGCCGUGGCGCGGGAUCUGGCGAGGAGGGGGGCAAGGGUGAUCCUGGCCUGCCGGGACCAGCAGAGGGCAGAGGCCGCCCGGCAGGACAUCGUGAAGGAGACAGGAAGCAGCCAGGUGCUCCUCAUGCAGCUGGACCUGGGCAACCUGCAGUCGGUCCGUUCUUUUGCUGAGAACUUCCUGAAGUCCGAGUCCAGGCUGGACCUUCUCAUCAACAAUGCCGGGGUGGCGGAUCGUGGCAAGACGGCAGACAGCUUUGGGCUGAACUUUGGCGUCAAUCAUCUAGGACACUUCCUUCUGACCAACCUCCUUCUGGACAAGCUGAAGGCGAGCGGGCCAAGCCGGGUGGUGACGGUGUCAUCCAUCACCUACAAGAUGGGCAAAGUGGACUUCAGCUGUCUGACGACUCACCGAGACGUGGCUCUGGGGAACAGUGACAGAGAUGCUUUCAUAAAGUACUGUCACAGCAAGUUGUGCAACAUCCUCUUCACCUACGAGCUUGCCAAGAGGCUUCAGGGCUCAGACGUCACCUGCUACAGCCUCGAACCCGGAAUGGUGAACACAGAGAUCAGUCGCCACGGCACCUUCUUCACGCAGGUCAUCUGGACGCUCGUCGGGUUGCUGUUCUCCAUUGAUGUUGACUCCGGCGCCCAGACCAUACUCCACUGUUCCCUGCAGCAAGGCAUCGAGCACUUGAGCGGGCACUUCUUUUCCAGGUGUGCGCCGCUAAUGAACAUGGAGCCCAAGGCUAGAGACGACGCCACCGCCAAGAAGCUGUGGGAGCUCAGCGAGACUUUCUGUGGCCUUUCCUGA